UCAGUAUUAACACACAAAAAUAAAAUAAAAUCCCCGUAUCAUCCCCCGAAAUCUGUAGCAACAGCUCCACAACAUCGACAACAAACCAGGCUCGGUUAUAAAACAUCACCGUACAACAAAAAGAGGGCGCAGAGGGAGCGAGCUUUGAAUAGGUAAAACCCAAACACGCCAUCAACAACGACAACGGCAUCUUUCAUCUGUCACCGUUGUCGAUCAAUCCUUGAAUCAACAUCCGUCAGUUUAAGCCAAAAAAGAAGAAAAAAAACAGAGUUGUAAUCGUUAGAGGAAAGAAGAGGAGAAAAACUAAAGCGAAAGAUGUACGUGAGAGCUGUGCCACCGACAGAUCUGAACAGGAACACGGAGUGGUUCACUUAUCCAGGAGUUUGGACCACUUAUAUCUUGAUCCUUUUCUUUUCAUGGCUCAUCGUUUUAUCUCUCUUCGGUUCCUCUCCUGGAACUGCUUGGACCAUUGUUCAUCUCUCCCAUUUUUUUGUCACGUAUCACUUCUUUCAUUGGAAAAAGGGAACACCAUUUGGUGAUGACCAAGGAAUCUACAAUGGUUUGACUUGGUGGGAGCAGAUAGACAAUGGCAAGCAACUCACUCGCAAUAGGAAGUUUUUGACUGUUGUACCUGUUGUGCUGUAUCUUAUCGCUUCACAUACAACAGAUUAUCAAAACCCGAUGCUUUUCUUCAACACACUGGCUGUCUUUGUGCUGGUGGUUGCAAAGUUCCCUAACAUGCACAAGGUCCGUAUAUUUGGAAUCAAUGCUGAUCAUUGAACUGCGAAGGAAUUGAAGUCUGGUUCUUCUAGUAAUAGGUUUCAUUAUUUUGUCAUUCCAGUAUAAUUGUAAUAUCCCUGUACAGAUAAUGAAACUGAAAAGGGCAUUCUUAUUUCUCUUUAAUGAAAUGAAUACAUAUACCUCCCUUCUUUUAUGCGAGGGAAAAAUACAUUCAUUGCA